CCAGUGACAUCACAGAUCAGCCUUUGUAAAACUCUGUUUUUCUGACCCUUGUUUUGUAUCUGUCCUGUGUACUGGCUAUGUGUAUGUAGGCUAUAAGAAGCACCUUUUAGUUACUUUCAUUCUCGGGUUCUGUUGAUAGAGAAGAGAGAAACAAUCACAGUCAAGACUAGAUUAUGGUAGUAGGCUGCACAAGAAGGCUGGCCAUGGUUGAAAGGGGCAUCCUGGGUUGUUUCAUAUUGUGUCUGUCUCUGGCCUCAGUAUGCGCUGUCAGAGGAACCCUUAGUUCAAUAAAGGACCUCAAGGGAAUAGAGUUUGGUCACACCUCUCCUCGACACGGCCUCAUGCUGCUCCACUGGCUAGCCAACAACAUUUACAUUGACAACAACGGCAACAUGAGACUCAAUUUCAACCCAACCAGGGGAGACUAUGGCUUUCAUUUCUAUGGAAACAGCCCACCUUCAUUACCUUUUCUGCUUCCUGAAAGCGGAAUCUACUACUCAGUAGGGAAUAUGAACUCUAUUGGCUCAAUGACGGCACUUCCUCAUUAUGUAACUCGAAGAUUCUACAACUCAAGGGGACCUGAGAACAACAGGGACAGGGUCAUACUCAGAGUUAGGGAGGAUGGGUCCAAUCAGUUCAUUGCAGACGAGGCCUAUGUCACACAGCACUAUCCACCAAAUGAAAACAGAGGAAGUGCCUAUGAUCCAGACAAUACAUACCGUGUCAAUGUCAGCCUCCUGAGACAAAUCCAAAGUCUACCAACCAUUAACCUAAAUGACAUUCCACGUAUAUAUAAUGUAGAGAUCAACCACAACAGUCUGCAAGAACUGGAAAACAUCUGGGGACACACACCUGGUCUGGCACUUCUUCUGGCAAUUGUAUUGUACUUUACACAUCCCAAAACCUUAUUUAUUAAGGAUCAAGCUCUUCGUUUAACAUCUCAACCCCAGAGUGACAUGGGGGAUAAGGAUAAUGCAUUGAUUAAGCUUGGUGUGAAAACCACAAAUAGAGGAAAAGCCAGGAUCAUCUGGAGUGGGAUCCCCAAGAGGCUAUUAGACCAGGGUGUAAUGGUGAUGCUUUAUAAGAGCAAUAACAGUGACAGUAAGAGCGAGCUGGACAGAUCAUCAGUCGGGGGAAAAGCCUCUGGGAGCUAUAACACUUCAGUACCCCUUAACCCUGGUCUCCAGGUCAGGCUCCAUAAGGAGGUAAAAUCAUGGUGGAAUUACUUGGGGUUUGGGUCUCCAACUGGAGAGGAGAUCUGGAGAGGUUCUGAGUUUCAUGAUGCCAACCAAGAGAUUCCUGUUGAUAUUAAUGGACAUGACACCAGUCUGCAGCUCUUCGUAAAGGAUGGAAAGGCCUGCGCUCGUCUGUAUGUAAAGAAAUCCUUCACUGCCUGGAAGAAAACGUUUAAUAACUCCUGGGUUGGGUUCUACUCUUCUGAAGGCACCCUGGAUUAUAACACCUGGCAAUGGGCUGUAAAGUUCUCUGAGGAAAAGGGCUCACAUCAGGCUGAUAUACCUGGGUAUGAUGUCUAUGUGUACAAGUCUAGUAUGACCAUGUCUCCUGGGGUCCAAGUCAGAUUCAUGCUGGAGAAAGCUGGGGGUGAAAAGGUACGCACUCCACCCUGGGAGAGACUUGUCCAGUGGUGAGCUCACCUGAUAACAUGAUAUAUGAUGUUGAUAUUCUCAUUUUUAACGGCUUGUGUAACUGCUUUUGUUAAUGUUUAACAUUUAUGUACCCUGCUUUUAAUUUGGUUUAAUUGCUAAUCUGUGUCAAAUUGAAAAGAGAAUCUGUUCCCAAAAAUCCAUUCUGUUCAUCUUUCUUUGCAUUUUUGAGGGGAUGACAAACAUGCUGUUGGUGUGGGUGGAUGGCUUGACCAGUCCUCGUGACAAACAUGCUGUUGGUGUGGGUGGAUGACUUGACCUGUCUUCAUGACAAACAUGCUGUUGGUGUGGGUGGAUGGCUUGACCAGUCCUCGUGACAAACAUGCUGUUGGUGUGGGAGGGAGACUUGACCUGUCUUCAUGACAAACAUGCUGUUGGUGUGGGUGGAUGACUUGACCUGUCUUCAUGACAAACAU